UGAAACUAGACAGUCACUGUUUAUAGCACCCGAACAAAGGAAAAGAGAAAGAAAGAAUGAAUAAAAGAAAGAAGGAACGAAAGAACCCCUUAACGCUACAUGUUCUUGAAAAUAUUGGAUAUGGACCAAAGAACAAAAGAGUCCGUUCACAGCUCAAGACAACUGUCUUGAUUGGUUCUGUCCUUGAACCUGUUCCAUCCAAAAUGGACCACUCCAGUCCAGUGCGAAUAGAAAUACUGCUGAAAAAUCAUCUGGAUGAGCUGACAGAUAAAGAGCUGAAAGAAUUUCAGUGGGUCCUGACCCAGAAUAAGAAAGAGGGAGUCCCAUCCAUCCCAAGGUCCCAGUUAGAGAACGCCAACAGGAUGGACACUGUGGAUCAACUGGUGAUGACUUAUGGACUAGACGGUGCUGUGGAGACAACAAAGAAGAUUCUCAAAAAGAUGAAAAACUUUGACCUUGCAGAAAAGUUAGCUGAAGCCAUUCGUAAUGGGAUGCCCUUAAAAAUAAUAGGGCCACAGAUGGAUGUACCUUCGAUCAUUCAGGAUCUUUCUUGUCCAGUUUGUUCAUGCAUUUUCACAGAGCCUGUGGUGCUGCAGUGUGGCCACAGCUUCUGCAGGACCUGCGUGCACAAACAGUGGAGGGAGUGCCCAAUUUGCCGACAAGUUAUAGAAACUGAUGCUGAACCUCCAAUUAAUUUCACGCUGAAGAGUUUGAGUGAAAAGUACAAUGACAGAAUGCCCCUUGAUCUACCAGAAGGAGACAUCAUUGAGUCACAGUUAAAUCAGACUUGUUCCAGGACCAUCAGAGAGAAACGGGAAGCUUUUGAAAAGGUCAAACAGUUUUGUGACUCAUCAGUUGAGCAAAUAAAGAGUCAGAGAAACAACGUAGAGCAGAAGAUUAAGGACGACUUUGAGAAGCUUUAUCACUUUCUCGCGACGGAAGAAGAAAGCAGAAUAGCAGUAUUAAAAGAAGAAGAGACUCAGAAGAUCCAUAUGAUGCAGAAGAUCACAGAGAUCAGCAGCGACACAUUCUCGUUGUCCGACACUCUUAAAGACAUGGAAGACUUAGGAGCUGACAACUCGUUCCUACAGAACUUUAGGACUGAAGUCGAAAAAGCUCAAAAUGCACUGCCAGAUCCACAGCUACUUCCACAGGUGCUGAUAAAUGAGUCAAAACAUCUGGAAAACCUUCGGUUAAGUGUGUUGGAGAAGAUGUUGAGGAUCAUAAAACACGAUGACGAAUCUGCUCCCAAGGAAGGGGAUGAAGAGGAAAAGCAGAUGGGAGAGGGCAAGAGGGUGAAAGAGAGGAGGCCAUUCCUUGUAGAGGAGGACAUGGAACAGUCAACGGAGAGGCCAAGAGACAUGAAAAAAGUGGCAAAGUCCUCUUCUCUGGGGUUACAUAUAUAUGGCAAAGUUCCUGAAAAGAAAACCUCAAUGAAGCAACAACACCCUACAAAUUCACCCAUUAAGCUAAAAGUUGUUUUUUUUGUCUUACAUUUGUUUAUGUUAAUACAUAUGCUUUUAUGACUUUUUAAAAUAUAAAUAUACACACAUAUUUAUACAUAUAUAUUUUUGUAUCUUAACAAGAAUAUUUGUUCUUGCUUAGAUUGUUAAUACUUUUAUAUAUCUCGUUAAUAUUGCUUGUUUUGUAUGUAUUGUUAUUUUUUUUAGGCUUUUUUUUCUAUUUUUGUACAGUUUUGCUGCUGUAACACUAGAAAUGUCCCUAUUGUUGGACUGAAAAAUGAUUAAAAAAAAUCUUUUUCUGUAUAAAUAUUAAAUGUUUUCAAUCAAUUUAUUUUUACAUUAUGGUGAUUUGUUUGUAACGCCUCUUCUUUAUUUG